UUAGUCCGCCAUGUUCGGCGUGGUGGCGCCGUUGCCACUGGAGCCGGCGGGCGGGGGGGGCGGCGGGGAGCGGAGCGGCUGAGGGGAGUGCGGGGCGACAUCUGUCGCGCGGCGCUUCGUGAGGUAGCGACUGCCGCCCCGCUCCGGGACUUGCGAGCUGGAUGGGCGGUGAGGCGUGGAAGUUGGCUCCGAACUUCCUCACGGGACUUUAAGCAACUUCAGGCCGCGGCGGGGCGAGACGGGUCCUGGUGGGGCAGGCCGCGGCGGGGGGCCCGCGGGGCUCGGGGGGCUCCGGGACAACGGGAGGCGGCCGAGAGGGACCGCCUGGCUCGGUCCGAGCGGCGGCGGGGCAGGCCAACGAACGCCGCCUGGGAGACAGCUGUGUGGUUCACCUGCGGAGCUCUGUGCUGCAGAACUACAGGAGUUUUAUGUCUUGAAUCUAUAACUUCACUUGGUCUGCUAACGGCAGACCAUGCCUAGCAGGAUGGGCUCAAAAGCUGAUUUGAACAAAGACUUCAUCAGAGUAAAGACGCACUACAGUGGGGACAUCCUGAUAACGAACUUUGAUGCAUCCAUAAGCUAUGAUGAGCUUUGUGAUGAAGUGCGCGAGAUGUGUAGUUUACAACAAGAGCAGCCAAUUACCCUCAAGUGGAUUGAUGAUGAAGGUGACCCAUGUACCAUCUCAUCUCCAAUGGAACUGGAAGAAGCCUUCCGUCUGUACUGCCAAAACAGGGAGGAAGGGCUGAUUAUUCAUGUUUUCCCAAGUAUUCCAGAGAAACCCGGCAUGCCUUGUCCAGGAGAAGACAAAUCAAUCUACCGACGUGGAGCCAGAAGAUGGAGGAAGCUGUACCGAGUGAAUGGGCAUUUGUUUCAAGCCAAACGUUUUAACAGAAGAGCAUACUGUGGCCAGUGCAGUGAAAGGAUAUGGGGUCUCAGCAGGCAAGGCUACAAGUGUAUCAACUGCAAAUUGUUGGUCCAUAAACGUUGUCAUAUACUUGUUCCACUGACCUGCAAAAGGCAUAUGGAUUCGGUCAUGCCUUCCCAGGAACCUCAGUUAGAUGAUAAGAACGAUGAAGUUGACCUCCCUUCAGAAGAAAAUGAUGGAAUUCCUUACAUUCCUUCAAACCGGAAGCAUGACAGCAUUAAAGAUGACUCUGAGGAUAUCAAACCAGUCAUUGAUGGAAUGGAUGGAAUUAAGAUUUCUCAGGGGCUUGGGCUACAGGACUUUGAUUUGAUCAGAGUUAUUGGACGUGGAAGCUAUGCCAAAGUUCUUUUAGUUCGGUUAAAAAAGAAUGAUCAAAUCUAUGCGAUGAAAGUAGUGAAAAAAGAAUUGGUCCAUGAUGAUGAGGAUAUUGAUUGGGUACAGACAGAGAAACAUGUGUUUGAGCAGGCAUCCAGCAACCCAUUCCUAGUUGGUUUACAUUCGUGCUUUCAAACAACAAGUCGAUUAUUUCUUGUCAUAGAGUAUGUAAAUGGAGGAGACCUUAUGUUUCAUAUGCAACGGCAAAGAAAACUUCCUGAAGAACAUGCAAGGUUUUAUGCUGCUGAAAUUUGUAUUGCUCUAAACUUCCUACAUGAAAGAGGCAUAAUCUACAGAGAUUUAAAACUAGACAAUGUUCUUUUAGAUGCAGAGGGUCAUAUCAAAUUAACAGAUUAUGGCAUGUGCAAGGAAGGAUUGGGCCCUGGUGACACUACAAGCACUUUCUGUGGAACACCAAAUUAUAUUGCGCCAGAGAUCCUAAGAGGAGAAGAAUAUGGGUUCAGCGUGGACUGGUGGGCUCUCGGUGUGUUGAUGUUUGAAAUGAUGGCAGGACGGUCUCCGUUUGAUAUCAUUACGGACAAUCCAGACAUGAACACUGAAGAUUACCUCUUCCAAGUUAUUCUUGAGAAGCCAAUCCGGAUUCCAAGGUUUCUUUCUGUCAAGGCCUCCCAUGUGUUAAAAGGAUUUUUAAACAAGGAUCCCAAAGAAAGGCUUGGUUGUCAGCCACAAACGGGAUUUUCUGAUAUCAAGUCUCACACGUUUUUCCGCAGCAUAGACUGGGAUCUGCUGGAGAAGAAGCAAACAACCCCUCCAUUUCAGCCUCAGAUCACAGACGAUUAUGGUUUGGACAACUUUGAUACACAGUUCACCAGUGAACCUGUGCAGCUAACCCCAGAUGAUGAAGAUAUAAUAAAACGAAUAGACCAGUCAGAAUUUGAAGGAUUUGAAUAUAUUAAUCCAUUGUUGCUGUCAACAGAAGAAACAGUAUGAAGGAAAGACAUCUUUGCUGUGGACAAUGUGAAUGACCUUAAAUUUAUACUUAACUACAGUAUAUGCAUGCGAGGCUGGGGAACUGUAAGAUUCUGGAUGGAGACCAAUGAUUUAAAAAAAAAAAAAAUUGCUGCUGAAAAUCAAAGAAGAGAAUAAUGAUUUUGGUGGGUGUCUUACCACCAAGUUAUUCUUAAAUUCUGGGCACUGACACAACUGGCUUCAUUAAUGAAGGAAUUUGCAUUUUGUGCCUAUUUCAUGAAGGAUUGAAACACUCAUUGCAUCUCUGGGAAAGGAGUUUCUGAACAAUUCUGAGAACUGCACACUUUCUACAAACACUUGAUGCAAUGAGCUCCCAGUUGAAGAAUAUUAGUGUAACAUCCUGAAGAAUAAAAUAUAUUACGGUGGUGUUGAAGCUUA